AUGCCAUCUUCGGCUCCGGUGCCCUCGACGGGCUUUCAGGCCCUCAUUCUAUGCGGCCCCGGCGUCUCUCUCAACACCUUCACAUCGAACCCGGAGGAGUACCCGAAGAGUCUCAUUCCUAUAGCAAAUAGGCCCAUGGUGUUCUAUCCAAUCGACUUUUGCAAACGAUCAGGCAUUACAGACAUCACAUUAAUUACGCCCCCAUCCUCCCUCGCCCCCCUUCAAGCUGCGCUAAAGCAAAACCCGCAUCUCACAUCGCUUCCUGCCCCCUCCGUGUCCGUCGUGGCCCCGAAAGACCUCGAAAUGACCAUGGGAACGGCCGAACUACUCCGUCUUCCGGAAGUUCAAGAAUGCAUCAAGACAGACUUCCUACUUCUUCCGUGCGACCUUAUAUGUGACAUCCCAGGUGAAUCUAUACUAGAGGCGUGGUUGGUCACUCAGGGAGCUCUGGGAGGGAACCCUGAUGGCCCGGGUGGGGAGCAAGGUGGCCGUCGCGGCGGGCUUGCCGUAUAUUAUCAGACAGUAGGUCGUGAGGAGAGUGUAAAGGGUGAGGCCACCGACUUUGUGGCUGUUGCGCCUCUAGGGCAGGAUGAAGCUCCGGUAGUAUCACAUCUCGUUGACGGACCGUCAGCCUUGCGCUUUGGUCUAUCAAAAUUACUCAUGUCAAUGCCUAUGGAUACUGUGAAAGAGAGGAUGGAACAGGAAAAGGGCUUUCUUGUGCGCCAUGCAUUAGUUCAGAAGUAUGCGCAGGUCAAGAUGCUGACUAGUUACCGCGAUGCGCAUCUCUACGUCUUUCCGUAUUGGGUCAAGGAUCUAGCUCGCCACCAGGAGAAGCUGGAAUCAGUGAGUGAGGAUCUUAUCGGCUAUUGGGCCAAGUCGGGGUGGCAAAAAGGUCUAGGGGAUAAGCUGGGCAUGAAUAAGAUCUUCCAUGAUCCUAGUCAGCAUGACAACAAAAGUCACGACGGCGACUUAGUGGAGGAUGAGAUUGACCUCAACGACAUAAGUUCUACAAAGGUCGGAAGUGCAGCUUCACACUCUGUGGAAUAUCCUCAAAUCCUCGCUUAUGUCCAACAAGGAUCGACACCAUUUGUCCGACGAGUUGACAGUUCAGCUAUCCUUCUGUCAACAUCACUUCGGCUGGCCAAGUUGGAAUCGAUUGAGGAAGUUGGUCGUCAGGCAGCAUCGCCUUUUGCGCAUAACCAGAAGGUUGCCCAUCCGGAGGGCGUAGCCCAACGGUGCACGGUUACAAAGAGUGACUGUUUGCUUGCUGAGAAUGUAACCGUGGAGCCAACAUGUGUCAUCAAGGAGAGUGUUAUCGGGCCCAACUGCCAUAUUUCCAGUGGCGCACGGCUCACUCGCUGCGUGGUUAUGGACGGAGCAGUAGUUGAGUCCCGGGCUCAAUUGACGGGUUGUCUCAUUGGCCGACGAGCUAGGAUUGGUCGUGAAUCCGUCCUCAAGGACUGUGAAGUGCAGGAUGCCAACGUCGUUCCGGAGGAAACGGAUGCUAAGAAUGAGAAGUUCAUGGUAUUCGAAGGUCUGGAUGAAGAAGGAGAUGAGGGAAUGGAUGAUAUGGAGGAUUUCGACGAUUGA